AUGUGUCUUUCAACAGAAUCAUUUGAUUACUUGACUGCUCGCGCAAGCAUUUUUCAACUUUCGAAUGCCCUAGGCAGCCUCAUAACAAACCAGAAGGUCAUCGGGGAGCGCAGCAUAGAGGCGAAGCAAGAGGAAACUUUGCGAUGCCAUCAGAGCAUAUGUGCUAACGGGCAUGCCGGAAGGCAUGCGGCUGUCGAACAAAUUCUCUUAGACGAGAGGAAGAGAUGGUGUCAGAUGGAGGUGUCUUUGUACACCCAGGCAAUUGAAGUCUUGGAUCAACAUUGGUUGUCACGUUUUGGUGCUCGAUCCAAGCAUUUCAUCAGGCCUCCCUUGAGGCAAACGAUCGCUCCCACGGACCAUCUACCUCUUCCGUGCACACCUUUGGCCUGCUCGAUAUCAGCGCAAGAGAUGUGUGAAGUUUGGCGGACGAGCCACGAUGCCCAUUUCGUGCCAACUGUAACAUCUUUGACAGAAGCGUUAUCACCUCUGAGCAGCUCCAUUUCCUCAGUACAUAGUAAUCUCAUCUCACAGGAAGGAAAAUCAACGUCUGCCUGUCUGAAUUGUACUGGCCCCUCAUUGCCCCUCUCGAGUACAUGGGUCACCGUCGAUGUCCAGAAAUCUUUCUAUGAGUCAUUCAAGCAGGAACUGACCAUACAGGCGGAGCUGAUGGUGACAUCCCUGGCCACCAGACGCAGCAAUGCCUACCUGCGCAACCUUGCGUUAGAUUUGCUCAUCUUGCAGGCCAAGAGGCGCCGUGCCCACGCUGAGAUAGCGCUAUAUACAAUGGCCAUCGAUAAUAUAUGUCAGUACAAAUUCAUGGACACCAUACUAUCAUUACAAUUGACCUUGUACUACAUCGCCUAUCCUGAUCACUCCCGCUACCUGUGGUUGAACACAAUCUAUGUCAAACGCUCUUGUUGUACUGGCGGAAUCCGAUAUGCUGUUGGUUUGAACGACAACUUUGAGCGACAAGUUGAACAUGUCAUGGAUUUUGACCGACGAGUAUCCAAGCUCUCUGCAAAGGAGGCUCGGUUUGCUAUCCAGAGGAUCUUCCUUUUGGAACUCGUGGAGACAAAAACAGGAUUUUCGAAUUUCCAUGACCUCGCCAUAUAUGAGCGCAGCUAUGCAAGUGCUGCUGCUAUUUGA